AUGCACGGCCUGACCAUUGUCAAGUCGCUCUUGGUGCGAGUGCUGCUGAUAGCUCAUGGAUUAUUUUGUACAUGGCGUGUUGUUGAAACCAAUGAUAAUCAAUAUUGUUGGGUGAUAGUUGUUGGCCUUGGAUUUUUACUUGUCGAAACUGUCGUUGUUCUUUGGCUACGAAAUGGACGGGAGUUUAAAAAUGUUGCUUUUUGUAUCAUCUUCUAUUUGACAUGUUCAACACCGUCGAUUUGGAUAAUUCAUGUUGAAACAGCUAAUAGAAAAUUAUUUCGUCUUGCUGAAACGAAACUGAAUGUUCGGCCAACUGCACCAUUGAUUCAGAGUCGACAAGGAAGUGAUCUUUCGAAGAGUACAUUUAUUUCAUCGAUAUCACCACUGAUCCAACGCGUAUUACCAACUACUACACCACUUAUUCUUUCUAUUCGACAUAUUGAAUGCGACGAUAAAGCGUGGUACUAUAUGGAAGAGCAAAAUUGGCUGGAUAUUAUGCAAGAAACAUUGUUUGUUGUUUUAUCAAUAAGUCGUUUCCUUAUAAGUCAUCAAUAUAUGACAGUAGAAAAAAGUGGAAUUGUUUUAGUUGUUACUCUCAUUAAUGUAGCUGAUCUAUUAUCUGUUUCACAUUCAUUACAAUAUCAUGAUGUUAUCAUCGAACGCGUUUGGAUGUAUAUUGGUCUUUUUCUUCUUACGAUUGGUCUAUUUGAAAUGGCAUUUAUUGAUACUGAUGGAUUAAUAUCAUCUUCGAAUGAAGAUCAAUUCUAUUAUCAAUCGAGAAAAUUAUCAAGUCCAUUGAGUUUUUUUAAACGUCAACUUGUAUUUCCUCUUUUUCGAUCUAUAUUUGUUCACGAUGGUCUCUUGCUCAUUUAUCGACUAUUAUUAGCUACUAAAGUUCGAUGUAGUAAACCAUCAAUAAUACUUUUUGUUUCAAAAAAUAUUCUUAUGAUUUCCUUUCAUUUCUAUCGUGUAUACACUAUAGCAAAAGAACACGAGAGAAAACAUCGUUAUGAUCCUUAUGAAAAUUUAAUUAGUACACCAACACCAUCGCCUAACUAUCGUCGUCUUUUUUACGGAAACGAACGGCAAAGUAGACUAACUCAAGAUCAAAAAUUAUUACAUCGAAUAAUACGUCGAUCGCCAUCUAUUAUCAAACGAAGAGUAACAAAAACUAUACGAGCAUUUCAUAAUUUUACACCGUCGUCUAUAUCAUAUCCAUUUGCAAGACGUCGGAAUGAUGGUGGUCGAGCACGUACUAGAUUCGCUCUGUAUGGUUUACCAUUUCCAACGCCACAAAUUCCUCGGUCAGCAACGAUUUCUUCAUGUUCAAGUCUUUCUGCUAAAGCUUUCGUUCAUUAA